GGCGAUAAUGAGGUUUCAAUUUUUUCAUUCAAUUUCUUCAUAGGCAAAAACAAGACGCGCAAAAAUAAUAUUUACGAAGCCAUCUCUAAACCAUGAGUGAAACUAGGGAUAGGCCGGUUUUGUAUCAACAUUUAUUAUGUUUUAAAUAAAUUGCAAUAAAUAAGCACGAAUAUGAAAAGUUAUGGUCCGAGCCCUCGUCGGAAAGCUGUUGACGACGACUGCCUAAUCGUUGGCUUGAGUCGAGACCCGUUGAAGGCCAGAGCGGCUCCGAAAAAGGAACCGGACGUUCUCUGCCCUCUCACACAGGAGUUUUAUAAGGAUGCAGUGAAACGUUUCGCAGAAGACUACCCGAAACUGACAAAGAUGUACAUGUCGAAGGAUAUUGAUCCAGUUCCGAUCGACCACGGCAUCCAGGACUUAAAAAGGACAGAGUAUUUGACUAAAUACUGUUCUAGAGAGUUGCCGUUUAUGUCUGUGAACUUGGUGAGGCGAGCAAAAGCCCUACAAACCCUUCGACUGCCAGACGACAUAUACAUUCCGGACACGAGCCAAAAAGGCUCGUAUAGGGCUCCGCAGCCAGAAAAAUAUGCAGAUCCACCUUCUUCGAUGUCAAUGAGACCGAAAUUUGACGAUAGUUUGCAAAAGGAACUACGACGCAUAUUGCGCACGCGUACUGGAGACACCACGUACGGCUCUUGUCACGGUCUUCUAGCUAAGGUCGUCCUCGAAAAGAAUCCUUUCGGCCCAGCUCGCGAAGAACCCAAAUACGGCCGCUGGUCAAAUCCAUACACGUAUACUUACAGAAUCUGAAUGCACCGUUAUUUUAUUGAAGGUUUUUUUUUUUGUUUUUUAAAAUUUGUCAUUUGAGAUAUCAAUAAAAAUCGACCGUGAACCGAAUUAAUUUAGUUUCAGUUUUCAGCAAAUAAAUUUGAAUAAACAGUU